AUGUCGUCUAGCAAGCGGCAUUCUAUGCUGCCCGCCGUCUCCAACACCGGCCCGCGACCGCCAGUCAACUUCUCUUCGUCUCUCACCGUCGCCGACAGCGCCAUUCUUGUCGGAACCCACUCGAUCACGAUUCAAUCCGAAAGCGUUCUACACCCCCGGUCCAAGCUUGAAUCUACCAAUGGCAGCAUCCUCAUUGGGCGACGGUGCAUCAUCCACGAGCGAACCCACAUUGGCGCGGUUGGCAACGACGAUGCCAGCGGAGGUGUUCUUCUCGGAGACUACGUGGUCGUAGAAGUUGGCUCGGUUAUCCAAGCUGGCGGCACGGAGAUUGGGACAGAUACCGUCGUCGGAGUCCGAUCUCGGAUAGGGAGUGGUGCCAUCAUUGGCAAGAACUGCACGAUAUCACCCCUGACCGUUGUCAAGGCCGGCGAGAAGAUUCCAGACUACACGGUCGUGUACUCCAACGGCCAGCGACGGACGGAUAGACGAGGAGUUGCAGACCUCAAGCACAAGGCGCAGGCGCGGCAGAUUGAUGUGCUCAGGAGACUUAUACCCAAUAAGGCCGAGAAAUGGCUGAGCUGA